AUGGCAGGGGGGCAGAGGGGACCAGCUUACACCGCGUCGUGCCGCUGCUGCGUUCUUCAGCACCCCAAAAGCGGGCAACUCCUCCUUGCCACAGCACACACCGCAGCCGCGCCCGCAACGACUAGCACAAACUUCUUGCCUUCCUCCUCGGCUCCUCCCAUGGCGACAAGGCCCUACUUCCUAUGGGGCCCACACGGCUCCACCGCCGCUCCUGACUCCGACGUCGCCGGCUUCAGCUCCGGCGCUCCGGAGACGGCACUGGUCUCGCCGGAGCUCGGGGCCGCGGCGGUGGCGCGCCCGCGGCUGCGUCGGAACUCGUCCACGUCUGGGAAGCAGCAGCAGCAGCCGGGCGAGGGGACCAAGAAGCCGCCGCAGCGCGGGCUCGGCGUGGCGGAGCUCGAGCGCCUCCGCUGCGGGGGCGACCCGCUGCGCGAGCUCGUCGAGCUGGGGGACGGCGGCGCGCAGGCCCACCCGCUGCUCCAUUACCACCACCACCUGCCGGCGUCCGCGUUCGAAGGCGCCACCGGCGCGCACUACUCCUCGCCGCGGCUGCAGGUCCAGCCGUCCGCCUCUGCCCCUCCGCUGCCCCCGGGUCCCGUCUGCUACGUUCACCCGCCCGUUGCCGGCGGUCAGAGGGCCCCACCCUUGGCACCGGAACAGCAGUACCUCAGGGACCGGUGGGGCCGCAUGGGGGGCUUCUCCUCGGCGGGCAACGGAGUAGGCGCUGGCGCCGACCGCCAGACCCAGCUGCUGCCGCCGCUGGCGCCAGAGCACCCUUCAAGCCAAAGCACCAUCUGGCGUCCUCCUGCGUCCUCCUCCUCGUGCCUCCACACCGGCCACCGCUGCGACCUCUGCUCCAGGACGCUGAGGGCCUUCGUACCACCGACACCUCCUGCCUCUCAGACCGUAGGCGCCACCACCAACACCACCAUGCCAGAGUACAUCUACGAUCUCGCCGCCGCCAUGGCCACCGCUCGCCAGGGAGGAGAUGCGUCGUUCUUAGUCCGGGAGAGGAAGCGGGGAGCGGAGGCCGAGGCACCGGUGAAGAAGGAGGUGCGGGAGAUCGAGUUCUUCCCGGCGGCAAGAACGCACCAUGCCGCCGCCGCCGCCGCCGACGUCGGCCUGGACGAGUCCGAGUUCGCGGCGCCCUUGUCCUCCUCGUACGGCGCCCGCGCCGCGCCGCCGCUGGACCUGUCGCUGAGACUUUAG